AAUUCACCAUUCCCACUCCAUUAUAUAAAGAGUCACCCUCCCUCUCUCUUUUGUUAUAUAUAUAUUGCCUGCCUCUCAUAUAUACUCAUACAUACCUAUUUUCCCAAAAACACCUCUCUAACUUACCUAACUUCAAACCAUGGCUGAUGCUAAACAACCCCACUUGAAUGGAGCCUACUACGGCCCCUCCAUCCCACCACCCCGCAAGGCCUAUCACCGCCCCGGCCGCGGCUCCGGAUGCAACCCCUGCACCUGCCUCUGCAGCUGCAUCUUUAACCUAAUCUUCCAAAUCGUCUUCACCGUCCUUGUCGCCGUCGGCAUCGCCCUCUUAGUCUUCUGGCUCAUCUUCCGACCCAACAAGGUCAAGUUCCACGUCACCGAUGCUACGCUCACCGACUUCAACUUCUCCACAUCCACCAACACCCUCUACUACAACCUUGCUCUCAAUAUGACCAUCAGAAACCCCAACAAGCGCAUCGGAAUAUACUACGAUCGCAUCGAGGCUAGGGCUUAUUAUGAGGACCAGAGGUUUGAUGCGGUGACGAUGACACCAUUUUAUCAGGGUCACAAGAUGACCAACACGUUGAGUCCGGUGUUUCAAGGACAGAACAUGGUAAUGCUUGGAAGUUCGGAGGUUUCUAAAUAUAAUUCGGAUAAAAGUGAUGGAAUAUACAAUAUUGAUGUGAAGCUGUAUCUUCGGAUCAGGUUCAAGUUGGGUGCGAUCAAGACUCCCAAGUUCAAGCCCAAGAUUGAGUGUGAUUUGAAGGUUCCAUUGCAUUCUAAUGGUACAAUAUUGUCCGGUACUUUUGAGACUACUAAGUGCGACAUUGAUUGGUAGUUUAUAUGCUGCCAAUUUCUUCUCUCUUUCGUGGAUCGAUCUUAAUUGGUUUAUUAUGUACACAUGGAUUACGAUUUUCUGUUUUUUUUAUUCUUGAGAUAUAUGUAUUAUGUUGGAGUAUAUAUAUUUUAGUAUCAUCAUAGUCAUUGAUUGUA